AUGAGAAAGUUUACAGGUGGGCGGGAAAUACUUCGUCCAGCUCCAACUCGGUUUGCCACUAAUUUCAUUGCUUUGCAAAGUAUUUUUGCUCAAAAGGAUCCUUUGAGAGCUAUAGUGACCUCUAAAGAAUGGAUAAGCUCAGCUUACCCCAAAGAUGCCAAAGCUAAGAAAUUUGUAGAUCAAGUCUUGGAUUCUAAAUUUUGGAGUCAAUGCACUGAUAUUGUUAAGCUUAUUGAGCCUCCUGUUUGUGUUUUACGUAUUGUGGAUAGUAAAGAUAGAGUUGCCAUGGGUUUUCUUUAUCAAGCUAUUUAUAAGGCUAGAGAAGAAAUGGUGAAGAGGUUUCAGAAAAGAAAGAACGUUACUGAUCCUUAUUUGAAGAUUUUAGAUACCCGUUGGGAUGCACAACUUAAGAAAAAUCUUCAUGCCGCUGGUUAUUGGUUCAAUCUAGCUUUUCGAUUUAACGCUAGAGAAUUUGAAAAGCACAAACAAACAACUUUUGGCUUGUUGGAUGUCAUUGAGAAAUAUGCUUAUAAUGAUCUUGUAUUGAAUUCUAAGCUGACAAGUGAGAAGAGAAUCUUUAAGAAUGCUGAACAAGAUUUCGAAAGACAAUCUGCAAUACGUCAACGAACCACUGUUAUGCCAGGUGAAUUUCUUCAUAAAUUUGGUCUUUUACGAUUGUGA